AUGAAUUGGCUAAUUGCCGUUUCUAUUAGUUGUUGUUGUUCAUUAUUAUUUCUUCGAUGGUUAUUACGUCGAAAACGAUUUAAUAUAAGUGGAAAAACAAUUUUAAUUACAGGUGCUUCAUCAGGUCUUGGUGAAGCAUUAGCACGACGACUUUUUAAUAAACAAUGUCAAUUAAUUCUUUUAGCAAGACGCAUGGAUCGUCUUGAAAAUUUAUGUCAAGAACUUGUACAAUUACAUCCAUCAUAUCCAAAACCUAAGACUAUUCAAAUAGAUUUAUCAAAUUUUGAACAAAUUACAUCUUGUUCAUCAUUAAAUAAUAUUCUUCAACAUGAUUCUAUCGAUUGUUUAAUUAAUAAUGCUGGUAUAAGUCAACGUUCAUCUGUACUUGAUACAUCAAUUGAUAUUGUUAAUGAUAUAUUUCGUUUAAAUUAUUUAUCAUUAGUUACAUUAACAAAAUUAGUUUUAACCAAAAUUAUCGAACGAAAACAAAAAAAUGCAACUAUUGUUAAUAUAUCAAGUUUACAAGGUCUUAUUGCUGUACCAGACCGUAGUUCUUAUGCAGCUUCUAAACAUGCAGUACAAGCAUUUAGUGAUUCAUUAAGAAUGGAACUUAAAGAAGAAUAUUCUGAACAGAAUAUAAAUGUCUGUGUAGUUAGUCCUUCAUAUAUACGAACUGAACUUGGUCAACAAGCAUUUAGUCGAAUGAAUAAAGAUGAAAAAUCUGGUGAUGAUAAUAUAUCAAAAGGAUACGAAGCUGAUUAUGUUGCUGAAAGAAUUAUUAAAGCAAUAGAAUACAGAGAAAAUGAUGUUGUAAUUGCACCAUUUGUGCAAUAUUUAGCAAUUUGGUUAAGAAGAUUAUGGCCAACAGGAUAUUUUAGAAUGAUGGUAGCAAGGAAUAAACGAUUAAAAGCUAAAAAAUAA